CUUUCUUUCUAUUUUCUCCCUUUUUAUUAUCAAUGACAACACAACCUAUGGACAACAAAAGGCGAAGAUCACUUAGCAGCGCCUCUGCCUUACUCGUCAGAAGAUUCACAAGAAAUACCAAUGUUCCGCCUACACCAGUUGCACCAAGUGCUUCUAAAUCUGAAAAUUUACCAAACAAAAGAGCCACAGAACCAAUUGCAACCACAUCUACAAACAAGAAGCUACACGUUCGUAUUGUACCCAGCAUAGAGAAUCCCAGUCGAUGCGUGAUUUUUGACAUUGUUGAUCGCGAACUUGAAGCAGGCUCAGUGAUCAAAAUUGGCAGAUACUCUGAACGUCAUACCAAUUCAAUGAACUGUAUGUCGUUCAAAAGCAAAGUGGUCUCUCGUUGCCACUGUGAAGUCUUUGUCGAUGAACAUGAUGGCAAAAUGUAUGUUCGGGAUACAAAAUCAUCUUCUGGUACUUUUUUGAACCAUGUUCGUCUAAGUCCUGCUGGCAAUGAAAGUAAGCCUGUUGAAAUUCACGACGGCGACAUUAUUCAGUUGGGUGUUGAUUUCCAAGGUGGAAGAGAAGAAAUGUAUCGCUCUGUCAAGAUGAAAUUCGAAUUCAAUAGAAAUAGUCAAACAAGACAUCUUUCUUAUAAUUUAAACGCUUUUCAUAAUAUCCGUACACUCACUACAAAUCAGCCUGAAAAAGAGCCAGAACAUAAAGUAGAAAAGCAGCCUAUGAAAUCAGAAUGUGAUGGUCUAGACGAAUGUUGUAUUUGCCUGUAUGCCAUGGCUCCAUUCCAAGCAUUAUUUGUAUCUCCAUGUUCUCAUACCUAUCAUUUUAAAUGUAUUCGACCUUUAUUACAAAGCUACCCUGGAUUCCAAUGCCCCAUUUGUAGAACCUAUUCUGAUUUAGAAGCUAGUGUUGCUACAGAAGAAGAUGAUGAAGUUAUCGUUCCUUCUACUCAUUCUCCUCCAAUCAAUGAAAGUCUACCUAGAGUCGAAACUGUAACUCGAGUGACAACACAUGUUGAUGAGGAAUCGCCUAUUACUGAUACUGAAAUGGUUAAUAUCAGUCCUUUACUUUUACCAUCAUCAUCAUCGUCAUCACCAAAUCAAGGCCAUACAUUGAAUAAUAACGACAUCAUUCUAACAGAAGAAACACAUGUUACAGAUGAAGAGCCUGGCAUGUCAAAUACGACAGAUGAAGAAAUAGAAGACACAAUGGAAAUAACACCAGAAAUAGUAGUUCCAAGCAAUGUCAUUCCAAGAGAAAGACAAGGACCUCCUGUCAAUCGAGAGAGAAGAUCGAGUCAAUUCAUGGAGAAAUUAAAAAUGGUAUUUUUCGAAAAGCGAAAAUCGCAACAAGAGCAAUCCCCUCGUCGUCGGUCAAAGAAGCAUCACCAAAGACGCCCUGUGUCAUAUCCAAACCAUAUUCUUCAUCUUCAACAAGAUAUACCACCUUUGCCAACCAUACCAUCCUCUUCCUCAAAUAUGAACAAUAUACCACUUAAUCAAACACUGUCAAGACAAUCAACUACAAAUGAGGAGAGACUCACUAUGAUGAUGGUGGUAGAUCAAUAA